AUGAUCAGAAAACUAUUUAGGACUCCAAUCUUUAGAAGGGCUAAAUUUUAUACUCCAGCUUUAUAUAUUUAUAGUCAAUAAAAUUCAAAAUUCCCAGAUGAAAGCAUGAAUAAACUAAAAAAUUAAGCGUAAUAAUUUAAUGAUGAUAUUGCAGUGGAUAAUAAAUUAUAGCAUGUAGAAGUUAUUGAUACAGAUCAUUUUAGUUAAUUAGUUUAAGAAAGCGAUUAAAAAAUUAUAAUUGUUUAUUGUUUUGCCUCAAGGUCUUUAGAAUGUAAAAAUUUUAAAGAAGUAUUAAUUAAAAACAUGGAAUAAUAUUCAGAUGUUUCAACAAUAAUCAAUAUUGAUAUUGAUAAACAUCCAAAUCUAAUCACUUAAUUAUAAAUUAAUUCAGUACCAUUUGCUGGUGCAGUAUAUAAUAAUUAAUUUGUGGAUGGAUAUUUUUAAAAUGAAAAAUUUGAUGGAUUUAUGGCUAUCGUUGAAUAAAUAUCAAGAAUAUUAAGAGGUGAAAAUGUUGAAGAAAUAAUAUUGGAAUAAAUGGCUUAAUUAUUUUAAAGUAGAAAUCAUUAAAGACUAUUAACAUUAACAACAGAAGCACUAGCAAGCGAAAAUAUUAAAAAAGAUCAUCCAAAAUAUUUAUUAUUUAAAGCAUUAGCAUAUGUUUUAAUGGAAGAUUUAAAUAAAAUUUAAGAAACUAUAGAUUUAUUUGAUAAAGAAUAUAAAGUUGAUUUAGAAGAUAUGGAUACAAAAAAAUUCUAUAAAUUCGUCAAAGAAUAAUGUAAUGUAAUUAAAGAAUUAUCAUCUUUAACACCUGAAAUUAAAAGAAUUUUAGAAAGAUUAAAUGAUAAUCCAUAAGAUAAAGAUCUUUAUUUUGAUUUAGCUAUGGAAGCUCUAAAUGCAAAAAAUUAUGAAAAAGCUAUUUAAACACUUUUACAUGUAAUAUGUUAAAUUUAUUUAAGAUUGUUAAAUGGAUAAAAAUUGGGCUGACAGAAAGGCUUAAAAAAAAUUGA